AGUGAUAUUCCUUUGAUUACUAUUGCGACUUGGAAAGAAAAAUAUGUUUGUUAGGAAAACUAUUCAAAGAGUCGCUACUGUAUGUGAUGGAACUAGAACAAGUCUUAGGAACCCUUUUUUGGUUUAUUAUUCUCGCUACUCUUGUACCAGACGGACUUUACGAGUGGCUGCCUCCUCCAGUGUCUUAUUAUUUGGAUUCCUUGUGAUAACCUUUUUUUGGAAAUGUGUAAAACUAGAAAGACACACAGUUACCAACAAAGAUUGGUUAUUUGCAAACUUUUGGCCACAGCCCGACGUAGAAUCGUUGGAACAGUUGGAGUCCUUUGCAAAACUUUUCCUUGAUCAAGAUAUAAAGACACUUUCUAGUGAUAAAAUGGAAGGUAGAGGUGUUGGAACUCAAGGUGAAAGAAAGAGUGCUCGUUUUAUUGCUGGCGCCUUUGAAGAUGCACUUUUAGAGGGAGCGUUUUCGGAUCCUUCGAAGAAUACCCAAAAUUCUUUUUAUCAACAAGUUCCUUUGGAAGGUGUCCAAGUAGAGAAUGCCUCGUUCGUUUCAUAUUUGAAAGAUUUGAAGAACAAUUCGGUCAGUCUUAUUCAAGGAGAGUCUUGUUCGCUGACAACCGAUCUAAGCGACAGUAACAUAGUUGAUUUGACGGGUUCCAAGCUCAUGUUUGGAGGUUAUUGUAUUUAUGCACCGAAGGCUCCCUUUUUUUGGGACGAUUUUGGCAACGUUUCAGUGAAGAAUAGAAUAAUUCUUUGUUUAGUCAACCAACCUUCCUACUUUUUCAACAUAGAAGAUAGACUAACAUAUUACGGAAGAUGGAGUUAUAAACUGGAAGAAUUACGAAGAAGAGGUGCCUUAGGCGUGUUAUUACUGCAUACUGCAGAGUCUGCUGGUUAUGGUUGGAAUGUCAUUCGUAGUAAUUCCCAAAGUGAAAGUAUUAGGCAAGAAAUGUGUUUUGCGAAAAAUAUUUUAUUUGUAAUAUACGAUGUUCAAAAUAGGUUGCGUUAUUUAGAGAAGAAUGCUUCACCAUUGCUUGUCUAUGGAUGGUUGUCCUCUGUUGCUUGGGACAACUUAGCUGAGAAAGGAAUCAUCCCGUAUACUGAGGAUUUGAAAAACUAUGCCGAAACGAAAGGAUUCCUAUGUAAUGAGGACUUGUUUGACUUGAGUUUUUAUGCUCAGUUUCAAGUGAAAAGGAGAACGUUGAACGGGUUGAAUGUUGGAGCACUUGUACAAAGUAGUACCAAGGAGUUUCUGGAUGCAUCAACUGAUUCUUUGAUUGUUGUCACUUCACAUUAUGAUCAUUUGGGGAAGAUAAACAAUGACUGUCAUUCAAGUAGCAAUUGUAUUUAUCAUGGAGCCUUGGAUAAUGCUUCAGGAGUUGCCAAACUUUUAGUUUUAGCGAGAACAUUUGGAUUUUUGAAACACAUAGGAAAAUGUUGUAAACGCUCCAUUUUGUUUUUGAGUCCUACUGCGGAAGAAGCUGUUUUACUUGGUUCAUCCUAUUAUGUGGACCAUCCCAUUUUACCUUUGAAUCAGACAGUUGCUUGUAUCAACUUUGAUGGUAUGAAUGUGUGGGGUCGCACAAGAGAUGCAGUUGCUCUUGGCUACUCAUUGAGCGACUUGGGAGACUUGUUUCGAGAGGUCACUACAUUAGAAAAUCUCACUGUUGGUGAUGAUCCAGAACCUCAUUUGGGUCAUUUGUAUCGCAGUGAUCAGUUUCCAUUUCUUCAAAGGGGAGUGCCCAGUCUGAAGCUUACUCAUGGAAAAAUAUUUCAAGGUCACGAGAAUGAAGACUACUUUAAUCGUGUCGUUGGUGAGUACUUGAAGAAUCGAUAUCAUCAGGUAUUGGAUAAUUAUGAAUAUAUUCAUGAGCAAAGUGAUCCCUACACUGGUGCCUUGCAAGAACUGAGAAUAGCUUUCCGUUUGUUGUUUGCCUUGGCUCAAAGUGAAGUUACUCCUCAUUGGAAAUUUCACUCUCUAUGAUUAUCCAGCAGUGUUUUAUAUCGCAACGAA